AUUAAAUUUUUUUUUAUUUUAUCGUUGAAAAUUUUAUUUUACGUUUUCGUGAAAUAUGCUAACAUUGACAAUAUAUUUUUACAUUGGUUGCUUAUAUACCCUGAGUUAUGCGGAAAUAUGCAUCGACAAUGGCCGGUGUAGCCCUUAUUGUAACGAAAUGAAAAGGAGCGAUAUUGAAAAACAUUUAUCAACAAAAACACCGUACCGUGCAAUUGCUAAUUUCGAUGAUAAACCUCCUGUAUAUGAAGGCUGCCAACCUACACGAAUUUGGUGCAUUAUACGUCAUGGAACAAGAAAUCCCAGCAAAAAUGUUAUAGAGAAGGCGAAGAACGUAUUAAAAAAUCUAAAAGACCGCAUUUUGUUAAAUUCGGAAGUCAGUUUGUGUCUUAAACAUAUGGAUAUUUUAAAAGAUUGGCAAUUUAAGGUCGCUGAAGAAGAAGAAAAAUUUUUGGUCACCGAAGGCGAAGAUGAGCUUAUUGAGCUAGCUGAGCGUCUACAAAAUCGCUUUCCUAGUUUAAUACCAGAAAACUACGAUCCAAGUAUAUAUUAUUUCAAAUAUACUGCCACCCAAAGAACAUUUGAAAGUGCCAAAAGCUUUGCUACCGGCUUGUUUGGCAGACACCAAAUCGGUCAAAUAAUAUAUCCAAAGCCUUUGCAUAAGGAUCCGGUAUUAAGGUGGGAAAUAAAUUAAGAAGAUAAGUUUCGAGUUCGGACACUCCCUGUUAUAUUUUGCGUUGCUCAUUUAUAAAAGAA